CCCCCUUAAAGCAGCUCCUUGGAACCCCCUUCUGCUAGCUUCAACCUCCCCUCCUGUCAUCUGAGAAACUCUUCAGCAGCUUAUCUUGGUAUGUGUGUUUAUCCAAUGCAGCCUGGCAACUGCUGUGAAUGAUUUGGAUUAUCUGAACUCCGUUACAAAAAAAAAGAAAAGUUGGUAUCUGCUGUUUUGGGGGCUGAGCAUAUGAGGUGAAAACUGAAAAGGGUGUUGUAGUUUGGAUCAUCUGAAGUUUUCCUCUGGAACCUGACACUUGCAUGCCAUGGAUCACACACUCUUUGGCUGCUUGCGCAGCCCCCAUGCCCCUGCACAGGGCUUGCACCCGGCUUUCUCCCACUCGUCUCUAGCCCUCCACGGAAGAUCAGACCAUGUGUCCUACCCGGACCUGUCCACCUCCUCGCCGUCCUGUAUUAUAGCUGGAUAUUCCAAUGACGAGGGCUUGUUUGCAAGUCAGCAUCACAGAGGGCAUCACCAGCAACACAAUCAGCAGCACCACCACCACCAGGCUUUUCAGCCUAACUGGAACAUUCCUCAGAUGCCCUCUCCCUCAGCUGCCACCAGACAUAGCCUCUGCCUUCAGCCCCCAGACUCAGGAUCUCCUGAUUUGGGGAGCAGACCCCCGAACCUGUGUGCCAGCACACCAAGCCUGGGUACCAGCACCCCAACAGGGGCAUCUUGUGUACCAGGGGACUUUGGCAGACAGGCUCUGUCCCCAGCAGAGGCAGAGAAAAGGACUGGCAAAAGGAAAAGUGACAGCUCUGACUCCCAAGAUGGGAACUACAAGUCAGAUGUGAGCAACAAACCCAGGAAAGAAAGGACAGCUUUUACCAAGGAACAGAUCAGAGAGCUUGAAGCGGAAUUUGCCCAUCACAAUUACUUGACAAGACUGAGAAGAUAUGAAAUAGCUGUGAAUCUAGAUCUCACGGAAAGACAGGUAAAGGUUUGGUUUCAGAACCGGAGAAUGAAGUGGAAGCGAGUGAAAGGAGGCCAGCAAGGAGCUGUGUCUCGAGAGAAAGAACUUGUGAAUGUGAAAAAGGGAACGCUGCUUCCGUCUGAGUUCUCAGGGAUGGCAGGGCUCCACCAUUCAGCAGAUUCCUUAGCAAACGAGGAUAGUCAUGACAGUGAUCACAGCUCCGAGCAUGCGCACUUAUGACGCACCACAGAAACCAGCGUCCAUACUCAGGAAAGACGUGUAACGAAGGAUAAACCUAUCUGUAAAAAAUAAUGAAAAAAAUACUUUGUAUAAAUGUAUAAAAAGAGAGAAAAUGAUAGCUAUUUCUAAAAACCAAAAACAGGCCUGUAAAAUCUGUUUUGCUUAUAUUAGAAACCUGGGAAAAGUGCCUUCAAAUUGCAGAAUCUGAAGAAGCCAAUGUCUUUUGAACAUUCCAUAUUUUGUUCUAUUCAACGACAAUGGGCAGGUUUAUUCUUUGGCUUGCACUGUUUAAAACAUGCCUUUAUCAUUUUCGACUGUCUGACAGUUAUGUAAUAAUAAAAAAAGAGGUGCAGCAAAUACUUGUUCAGCUAAAACUAAAAAUGUAAUAAUUCUGUAAAUAAAUAUCACUUUUCUUAUCUUCA